UCCGUUACUCUCCCCCGGAAUUGAGCGCAGGGCGGCCGGUGCCUGAUGGAGAACCGGCAGUCGAGUUCGGGUCAGAACCAAGAAUCCGGACCUGCUGACCCACGGAGGUGGUGAGCGGGAGACGCGCCUUCCGAGAUCCGGAAAGACGGAGCUCAAGACAAUCCCGGCUCUGGCACUCCUGAAUUGGACCGGACACUUCAAGACAAGAGGCUCGGUUUCACGACGAGAUGCGCAUCUGUUGAACGUUGACUUCUUCAACUGGACUGACGGAACCGAGAAGCGCAAAACUCGAGACUGACAACGUCAUGAUCAGAAUAUUUCCGGAUUUUAGCGUCCAGGUUUCGACUUCAGCCGCCGGUGGAGUAGCUAAUGGCGGUGGUGGAGGAGUCCCGGUACCAGUCUCCGGACCAACCAACGGGACCUCUCAAGGGGUCCAGGGGCUCGGCGGCUACCAACAGAGUGACCCCUACUGGGAGCGGCCGGGUAACGCGGGGGGCUGCUCCGCCACGCGGCCGAAAACCCUUCACCUGGCCGGCCAGCAGCACACCUCGUCGCCAUGGCUCCAGGCUCUGAGGAAGGAGAAGUCACGUGACGCGGCGAGGUCUCGGCGGGGCAAAGAAAACUUUGAGUUUUACGAACUGGCCAAAAUGCUGCCACUGCCCGGCGCCAUCACCAGCCAACUGGACAAGGCCUCAAUCAUCCGCCUGACCAUUAGCUACCUGAAGAUGAGGGACUUUGCCAACCAAGGAGACCCGCCCUGGAACCUGCGCAUCGAGGCCCCGCCCCCCAACACCUCCGUCAAAGCUAUCGGCAGUCAGCAGCGAAGGAGUCCCAGCAUCGUUGCCUCAGACAUCUUUGAGCCUCACCUAGGAAGCCACAUCUUGCAGUCACUGGAUGGGUUUGUUUUUGCACUGAACAAGGAGGGGCGUUUCCUCUACAUCUCUGAGACUGUGUCGAUAUACCUUGGACUGUCGCAGGUGGAGCUGACUGGCAGCAGUGCAUUCGACUACAUUCACCCCGGAGACCACGUGGAGACGGCAGAGCAGCUGGGAUUGAAGCUUCCACCGGGCCGAAGCGCGUCUCUGUCUCAGGGAACGAUUAAUGACGACGGGACGUCGUCUGCCUCGUCUUCGCCAGCAGAAACACCCGAACCAGUGGAGUCCUCCAGUCCCAGUCUUCUGACCCCCGAAAACUCCCUAGAGCGAUCUUUUUUCAUCCGCAUGAAGUCCACGCUGACAAAAAGAGGCGUGCACAUCAAGUCCUCCGGUUACAAGGUGAUCCACAUCACCGGACGUCUGCGGAUCAGGAUGGCGCUGACACACAGUCGCUCCGUUCCCAAUCAGAUCAUGGGGAUGGUGGUUGUAGCUCACGCCCUCCCCCCUCCAACAAUCAACGAAGUCCGGAUCGACUGCCAGAUGUUUGUCACGCGUGUCAACAUGGACUUGAAGAUCAUCUACUGUGAAAACAGGAUCAGCGAUUAUUUUGACCUGACUCCAUCCGACAUUGUUGGGAAACGAUGCUAUCAACUAAUUCACGCUGAAGACGUGGAGGGGAUCCGGCAGAGUCAUCUGGAUCUGAUGAACAAGGGCCAGUGUGUCACCAAGUACUACAGGUGGAUCCAGAAGAGCAGUGGUUACAUCUGGAUCCAGUCCAGUGCCACCAUUGCUGUCAACGCAAAGAACGCCAGCGACAAGAACAUCAUCUGGGUCAACUAUGUCUUGAGUAAUCCCGAAUAUAAAGACGUACCAAUGGACAUCAUUCAGCUACCGAACCUGCCGGAGAAAACAUCGGAAUCUUCUGAAACCUCUGACACAGAGUCAGAGUCCAAAGAAAACUCUGACACUGAGAGGUGUGGAGCAAAAGUGGGACACCAGAAUGAGAUGAUCAAGGAACUGCAGGACGAUGGCGUCUGUCAGCAGUCGGGACAAUCGUAUUGCUCCUCCGAGAGAGAAUUGAAACAUCAGGAUGAAGGCAACAGCUCCAGCAACGUGGAGAGUCAGGAUAGCGACGACAGCAUCGGCCCUUCGGAUGAAGAAGGUCAGGAAGCAGGCGGAAGAGAAGAGGGGAUGGAGAGUUCGGCUGGACUCGGAGAACUGGACACCAUGUGCACGCCUGGCGACCCUAGCGGACUCAAUAUCAAGGUGGAGAAUUACGGCGACGGGGAGGAAACCCAGCUCCACAAGUCACAAAGAAUGUCCUCGGAUGAAGACGAGGAAAACGACGAUGGAGAGAUGAAGAACAGCCACAGCCCGGAUGGCGAAAGUCAACUGCCCAAGUGUCAGAAAAGGAGGAAGGUGCAGAAAUGGGAGCGAGCGAGGAGUCAGAGAAUUCGUCUUUCCUCAACGCCACCCAGUCCUUCCAUCAUGGGUGAAACCAGGCUACUAGCCGACUCCUUACUCACAUCCCCUAACCCUGCUAGUCUGCUGACCUCCUCCCCCUCCACAAACAGCACAGUCGUAGCGUCAUCGGUAUUAAAAAUCAAGACGGAGAUGGCGGAACCCAUCAAUUUUGACAACGACAGCAGCAUCUGGAAUUAUCCACCAAACAGAGAAAUCUCCAGGAACGAGUCCCCGUACAGUAUGACCCCUAAACCUGCUCCUUCUAGGCCUGAAAAGAACUUCCCAACCAACAAUGGGGUGUCUCUCCAGGUGUCAAUUCCAGACUCGGUGCUCACCCCGCCUGGAACUGAGGGGGGAUCAGGGAGGAAGCCGUCUUAUGAAGGAUGUUCUGUUCCAUCAUCAGGCUCUGUAAGUUUAGCUCCUCCAUCCUCAGCUUCCACCGUGGACCCCUUGUCUCCACCUCUGUCCGCGUCUCCGAGGGACAAGAGCACACCGACCACCUCCUCUUCCUCCUUAUCUUCAUCAACGACUUCCACCUCACUGCUGUACUCGGGGGACCUGGAAACCCUGCAGCGAUUGCAAGCUGGUAAUGUGGUGCUUCCGCUGGUCCACCGAGUGACGGGGACACUGGCGUCCACCAGCACGACAGCACCCCGUGUCUACACCACCGGCACCAUCCGGUACGCGCCGGCAGACGUUACACUAGCUAUGGCACAGAGCAUGAACUUCGACAACUCAGGGUUCAGCUUGGACCCUAAAACCCCCAUGGAGAUGCUUUACCAUCACGUUCACCGGCUCAACAUGACCGCGGCGGUCGCUGCCGGGCCGUUCGCCAACAGUCCGGUGGUCUCCGGUGGAACUCAGAUGCAAACCGCGGCAAACGUUUUCACCACGGCGGAGGGUCUUUUCUCUACAUUACCUUUUCCAGUCUACAGCAAUGGGAUUCACACCACGCAGACUAGCCUGGAGAAAAAGGAGGAUUAAUUCAAAACCUUGAAGACCGUUUUUACUGUGUUCCUAAAUCAACAACUGUGUCAAAUCAAUUGCCUAAAAAUGCACUUAUAUUUUAUCACCAUGGUGUACCACUGUGUUCCAGUGAGAAAGAGAAGAGAUAACAGAAUAUUCCACUUCAGCACUUUGAAUCUUAACAUUUAAGUUGGGUGAAGACACAAAGACAAAAAAAGGUUUCUCUCUCCUUAACGCCUCAUUCUUCAUCAUUUAGCUAUAAAAAAAAGACUACGUGUGGCAAGGACUCUGCUUGAGCCUCAGAGUUGCGCCGGGGAAGGUUCCGAUUGUGUAUCUACAGUGCAGGGAAUUUUUUUUUGUUGACUUGAUGUGAUCAAGUACUAAAAAGAGAGAGAGAAGAUCUGUGCUGGAUCUCACGUCUCAACGCGUUUCUCAGUGGCGAGAUGUAACGUGCCAAUCUACAAAACCGGGUAAUAACCUGUGAUGUUUUGAAUGUCACCGCUUGCUCUAGCAUUUCAGAAAAAAAUGACCACUGGUGUCACAGCUGACCUCCAUCGUGUCGCUUCCAUCGCAAUGUUCACGCUCAUGGUGCUACUGACCUCCGGUAACCCUGAUUCAGCUGGCUGAUGUGGGUGCUGUAAAAGAAACCCGCCCACGACUCGUCGACUCUUCUUUAAAGGGAGAUGCAUUUUGUCUUCUGAUGUUCAGGAAAUAACCUUGAAACGAGUUGCUUCAUCGAAAAAGAAAAACAUCCAGCAGGAGGAAACUCAAGACGAUUGGCAAGAAGUGGUGUUUUUAAUUUUUAUAUUUUUAAACUGUGAUUCUCAGUCAAACUGAGGCUAAAUAGCUAGCACUGCUAAAAAAGGAAAAAAAAAAAAGAAUGUUUAAAAACUUGACCGGUACCUGUUUGAUUGAUGUUUUUAUAUAAGUCCUUCUUUCGUCUUCUACUUCCUCGACCAGAAUCACCUCCUCAAGAUUUUCUAUACUAAUCCACUCUCUUCCAUCCCAUCAAUGUAAGAAAAACACAUAUCAACAUGAGAUUGUGACGCUUUCAAUCAAUUUACCAAAACAAUCAAUUAAAUGUGAAGAAAAUAUGAUUUGUGUCUUUGAUGUAAAAAGAAACAAAACAAAACCACAUACUUUUGUUCCUCUUCAGCCAAAAAUAGACUUCCAUGUUUGGUGUUUAAAAGCACUGUGAUUCCAUUCGUGUAUAUUUUUCUCCGAGCCGUGAGAAAGUCUAAAAAUGAAACAGUUGUCUCUUUAACUGGACAACGCUGUCUUCUCCGUCCCAUAAUCUCAUGUUCAAUGUGAUUAAACUGUGAAAACGUGUUCAAUGUGUUUCGUGUCGCUGGUGUUGGAGCGUCUUUCAUGACUUCCUUCUAUGUGUGUUUACUAUAUGCAGUAUAUUUACUGAGCUACCGUCGCUGUUUUUGUCCUUCGUCUUCUCUGUGCUGUUUUAGUGGGGGAGUCGGUUCAGGCAGGAGAGCUGGCCGAGUCAACGGAUUCAUUUAAAUCACGAAAAAGUGGCUCUCCCUUUCCUUCCUCUGUCUCAGCCUUGAUCUCUCUCUAUCUGCAAUUGUAGUGAAACCAGUGGUGGUUCGUGACUUUUAGUGUUCGGUGGCCUUUGCAAUAACAAACAAAAGGCUUGUAGAGUCCACCAUUUCUUUCUCCGCUUUUUUUGUCGUCUCUUUUGUGUCCGAUCUGUUUUCCUCUCUGCUAUUACUUUUCGCUGUCGUGUCGUCCGAUUAAAAAAAGAAGUUUUUUAUCUAUUCUCUUUUCCGAUGAAAAGACUAUUUAACUAGCUCAAAGGUUUUUGGAGCCAUGUUUUUUGCCACCAAGGAAUUCUGGGAAUUACAGUUUCUAGUGUUUACAAAUUUUGAGGAAGCGAUCAAGUUUUUACUGGAUAGUUGUGCAGAGAAGAAGCCUAAAGUAGCUUUUUAGAUUACACAGCCAAAUGUCCUGAAAAUACUACAAAGCCUCAGUUGUGAAACAUUUCCCAGAAUCCCUUUGGGCUUCCUCUGUGCAUUGGGUGUAUUUCAUUGGUUGCCUUUGAAUGUAACGCUCCCUCUUUAAACAAAAACAAACAAAAAAAAAAUGGUUCACAGGCUUACAUACAUAUUUACAUGCAUAAUAUAAAAAUGAAAUAUUAUAAAAUAUUAUUACAAGGAAAAAAGACUCCACUGUAAAUAUAUUUUUGUAAGACUACGAUUGUGUGUGAGGUUGGUUUGUCUAAAAAAAACUUUGUGAUGUUUCCUCUUUUUAUAUUUAUUUCACCCUCAAAACCCAUCACGAAGUCAAAAUUUAUGAAUGUCGUGGAAUUCUGCGAAAAGAUUCCCCAAACGGAACCAAGAAAUACACCCACAUGUGACGAACACUGUUCAAAUGUUAUUUCUGUGUUCUAUGUAGAAAAUUUUUAACUUUGUUUGUGAUUAAAGCUUCAAGAUCUUA